AUUAAAACCCUAGGGACAUAUCCUCAGUGACGGAUUGAGACUCAAAGCGGGCGAGAGAGAGAGAGAGCAGCGAGGAAGAAGAUGGUCUCAGGAUCAGGGAUUUGCGCUCGAAGAGUGGUGGUGGAUGCGCGCCACCACAUGCUUGGCCGCCUCGCUUCGAUCCUAGCAAAGGAGCUCCUCAAUGGCCAGAAGGUAGUCGUUGUCCGCUGCGAGGAGAUCUGCCUUUCUGGCGGUCUCGUUCGUCAGAAGAUGAAGUACCUUCGUUUCCUUAGGAAGAGGAUGAACACGAAGCCCUCCCAUGGCCCUAUUCACUUCCGUGCUCCUUCGAAGAUUCUCUGGAGGACCAUUAGAGGGAUGAUUCCUCACAAGACCAAGCGUGGAGCGGCGGCGCUUGCUCGUUUGAAGGCUUAUGAGGGCGUUCCACCUCCUUAUGAUAAGAUCAAGAGGAUGGUUAUCCCCGACGCUCUCAAGGUCUUGAGGCUUCAGCCUGGACACAAGUACUGUUUGAUGGGACGCCUCUCGGCUGAGGUUGGAUGGAACCAUUAUGACACUAUCAAGGAGCUUGAGGAGAAGAGAAAGGAGAGAGCCCAAGUUUCAUAUGAGAGGAGGAAGCAACUGACCAAAUUGAGGGUCAAGGCUGAGAAGGCAGCUGAGGAGAAGCUUGGUGCCCAAUUAGAUGUUCUUGCACCCGUUAAAUACUAAGUGUUUUAAAAUUUAGCUGUUUUUCAAAUGAGAAUUUUGCAGAGAAUUGCUUUGGUAUUGGAUUCAACUGCAGUUUUGGCAACUAUAAUGGCAUGAUGUUCUGAUGCCUUUUGGUAUUUUAAGUAGCAUUGUAGAACAUUUGGAUUUACUAGGGUCUUUUAUAUGAACAAGAUAGCUGAAUUUGCCCUCCAA